UUGGGUGGUUACUGUCAAUAUAACCAGGCGUUGUGAAAGUAUUUUUGAUGAACAGACAUUGUGUACAUACUGUAAUAGUUAACUUCGAAAGGAUAGUUUUCCGCAGUGAAAGAAAAGUGAACAUUUAUACUUUUAUUAGUGCAGCAAGGAUUCGCCGCGAGCCAAAUUAACAUACAUGUAUCGAAAUUACAGAAGCUGCCUGGACGGCACAGCAAAUGGGGCAAAUAUGGGUUCCGAAUUAGGUUAUUAUCCGAGGCCAACUGCAACAAGCAGUAAGAUAACUUUGGAUAACACCCCCGCCUUGGCGACAAUUGCAGUUGCACCAUCCACAUCCGGGUUACCAGUCACAUCCAGAUUACCAGUGACAUCGACUGCAGGGACAACUGAAGCCAUAGUUAAUAAUCCUGGGUCCAGCAUCAUUUCUCCGGAAGAAAAAGCCAAGAUAAAAGAUCAGACAAGACACUUAGACAAUAUGUUGAGUCAAAUCGAUGAAUUGGAGAAUUUAAUGAAAACGAAAAUAGCGCGAAUAGACAGCAAAGAAAUGUCACCGGAAAUAAAGCUCCGGAACGAGGCUCUCCGGGGGAGCACGGAUCUGAUAUGCCCACCUUCCGCUAAGAUCGUUCGUAUCUUCACCAGCAGCACCUUCACGGACACCAAGCAUGAACGGAACAUGUUAAUGAGGGAGGCGUACCCGAAGAUCAAAGCACAUUGCCGCAACUUUGGAUACGAAUUUCAGGUAGUGGACAUGCGUUGGGGUGUCCGAGACGAGGCCACUGACGACCACAUGGGAACUGAACUCUGUCUCAAGGAACUCAGGCUGUGUCAGCAGCUCUCCACUGGGCCCAGCUUCGUGUCGCUUCUGUCGCACAAGUACGGUUACAUCGCGUUCCCCCGGUCGAUCGCGGCAGAUGAGUUCGAGUCUCUCAUGACGCAGGUCGAGGACCCGGCGACCGUCCGGCUCUUCCACAAGUGGUAUUCCCGGGACGACAACGCGGUUCCUCCCGCUUACAUCCUCGCAUCCAUCAGCACGCACUUGCCGGAUUUCAUAAGCAUGGACAGAGACAGGCAGAAAGUCGGCAAAGAGCAGUGGUGGAAGGAGAGCGAGCAAAUGCAGCACGCUCUGGAGUCAGCCGCCACCAGGGUGUUCGACCAGGAAACGGCCCGAAAGUACAUAAUUUCCGUGACGGAGGCGGAAGUGGAGGAAGGCCUGCUCAAGGCGGAGGACUCCAUCGCCAGGCAGGCCAUCUGGCUGCGCCGGAAUAUCGAAGACAUCGACCGCCAGGAGAGCAGCUACGCACUUUCUAGAUAUACCGGUGAGCGCAUGCGCACGAAUAUGUAUUAUAAAGGUGCUCAGGAGAAGGUGGAAAAGGCUCACCGGAUGUUGCGGGAACUCAAGGAGCACCGGAUGGAGCGGCGCCUGCAUUCAGACCAGAUCCUUCACUACAACGUGCACUGGGUUGGCCCAGAAGGGAUCGAUCCUGAUACCAGCGAAGAGCACCGGAAGUAUCUGGCGCGCCUCUGCAAGGACUUCACGGACAACAUGAUCUCCCUGACGACUCAGGCUAUUCGGAAUCGAUAUCUCCUGCACGACAAGCUAACCGAGGAAUGUCUGCAGCACAUCCGGUUGUGUCAGUCCAAGUGCGCCGAGUUCCAUGGACGUUCAGAGACGCUGGAGCGGAUCAAAUCCUACCUGCUGGACACAUCGACAACGGCCCCGCUCGUUGUGCACGGGAUCAGUGGAACGGGAAAAACUUCCAUCCUGGCAAUGGCGGCGAAACUGUGCAAAACCUGGCUGGCCAAGACGCCCAAGCUCGUGUUAAGGAAGAAAAACACUAAGCCAGUAGAAGGAUUCCAACUGAAGACAUCCAGAUCUGCAGCAUCAUCUGCCAAGUACAAGUCACGAUAA